CUGACAGCAAAAGCAUCUGGCCUAACAUCUGUUCCUUUUUCACCUAUGACAUCAUCACUUGGGCCACCAUUUUUUUGACCUGUUCGAUUCGCUCUACAGACUCAUGAAUUUUUAUGCAAUUCUCUUUGAUCAGUAGCGAGUUGAGAAGUAUAUCCUACUAUAUCACACGGAGUUGGCAGUUGCGUUGCGGAUCUGUGCUCUUUCUCUCACUACGAACUGUAGGGCGUAGACUGAAAUCUGCUUGCUCUCGAGAAGUAUUGGUGGUUGCAUGAGAACGGGGACGAAGGUUCAAGUGUGAGUUGCAGCAACUGCGGAGCGGAAUCAUGGCUUCGAUUUUGACGCCUGGAACUGUGUCGUUGCAGCUGAGGAUGUUGGAGGAGGAGGAAACUUCUGCUUCUUCGAGUGGUAGUCCGACUGACGCGGUGAUAUUCGUCGGGAUCAGCUUGGUGUUGGGGAUAGCGUCUCGGCACGCACUCAGGGGCACGCGUGUGCCCUACACUGUCGCGCUGCUUGUUCUCGGCAUUGGCCUUGGUGCCUUAGAAUAUGGGACAAAUCACCGGUUGGGAAAGAUUGGCGAUGGGAUUCGUCUAUGGGCUAAUAUUGAUCCUGAUCUUCUCUUGGCUGUGUUCCUUCCUGCACUUCUCUUUGAGAGUUCGUUUUCAAUGGAAGUGCACCAGAUAAAGAGGUGUAUAAUGCAAAUGUUUCUACUUGCUGGCCCCGGUGUGCUCAUUUCAACAUUUUGUCUUGGAGCUGCUCUAAAGCUUGCUUUUCCGUAUAACUGGAGCUGGAAAACAUCAUUACUAUUGGGCGGCCUCCUCAGUGCUACCGACCCUGUGGCUGUUGUAGCCCUUCUGAAAGAGCUGGGAGCUAGCAAAAAAUUGAGUACUAUAAUUGAAGGGGAGUCCUUGAUGAAUGACGGGACAGCAAUUGUGGUCUAUCAGUUAUUUUAUCGGAUGGUUCGUGGCUGGAGCUUUAAUUGGGGAGCUGUAAUCAAAUUUUUGACACAAGUCUCUCUUGGAGCUGUAGGUAUUGGUCUUGCUUUUGGAAUAGCAUCUGUCCUGUGGCUGGGAUUUAUAUUCAAUGACACGGUUAUUGAAAUUUCUUUAACACUUGCUGUGAGCUACGUCGCCUACUUCACAGCACAAGAAGGGCUUGAUGUUUCUGGAGUUUUGACAGUUAUGACUCUGGGAAUGUUCUACUCUGCUGUUGCUCGAACUGCCUUUAAGGGUGAAAGUCAGCAAAGCUUGCAUCAUUUUUGGGAAAUGGUGGCUUAUAUUGCCAAUACAUUAAUCUUCAUCUUAAGUGGAGUAGUUAUAGCUGAAAGUGUUCUCCAAAAUGACAGCAUAUUUAAAACCCAUGAACAUUCUUGGGGUUAUCUGUUCCUUCUAUAUGCGUUUGUUCAAGUUGCUAGAGUGGUUGUAGUUGCAGUAUUGUUUCCAUUUCUGCAAUAUUUUGGUUAUGGUCUGGACUGGAAAGAAGCUAUUAUUCUUGUCUGGUCUGGUCUGCGUGGGGCUGUAGCAUUGUCACUUUCACUCUCUGUUAUGCGUUCCAGUGACGGGUCACCAUAUAUCAGUUCUGAUACUGGAACUCUGUUUGUGUUUUUAACUGGUGGAAUCGUAUUCCUUACACUUAUUGUUAAUGGAUCAACUACACAGUUUCUUCUACGUAUUCUUAAGAUGGAUAAGCUAUCGGCAGCAAAGAGGCGAAUAUUGAAUUAUACAAAGUACGAAAUGUUGAACAAAGCACUAGAGGCCUUUGGUGACCUUGGGGAUGAUGAGGAAUUAGGACCUGCUGACUGGCCUACUGUUAAACGAUACAUAAAAAGCUUAAAUGAUGUGGAUAGUGAACAAGUUCACCCACAUUCUUCAUCCGAAAAUGAUGGCAAUCUUGACAAUAUGAAUUUGAAAGAUAUUCGAGUGCGCUUCUUAAAUGGUGUUCAGGCAGCUUACUGGGUCAUGCUUGAUGAAGGAAGGAUCAACCAGACAACUGCUAAUCUUCUAAUGCAAUCUGUUGAUGAGGCAAUUGACCUGGUAUCCGAUGAAGCUUUGUGUGAUUGGAGAGGAUUAAAAUCUUAUGUGAACAUCCCGAAUCACUAUAAGUUUCUUCAAUCGAGCAUUGUUCCUCAAAAGCUUGUUACAUACUUCACUGUUGAGAGAUUAGAGGCCGCAUGCUAUAUUUGUGCUGCGUUUCUUCGUGCCCAUAGAAUUGCAAGACAACAACUGCAUGACUUCAUUGGAGACAGUGAGAUUGCAGCGAUGGUAAUUAGGGAAAGUGAGCAGGAAGGAGAAGAACCAAAGGCUUUUCUAGAAGACGUGCGUGUUACAUUUCCUCAGGUGCUACGUGUUGUAAAAACAAGACAAGUCACAUAUUCUGUGCUGAACCAUUUGAUUGAUUAUGUUCAUAAUCUUGAGAGGAUUGGCUUAUUAGAAGAAAAAGAGAUGACUCAUCUACAUGAUGCUGUCCAGACUGACUUGAAAAGGCUCUUAAGAAAUCCACCUUUGGUUAAAAUUCCAAAAAUACGGGAUUUGAUAUCUGCCAAUCCUUUACUUGGAGCCCUACCUCCCUCAGCGCGUGAGGCAUUAGUUGGAACAACGAAAGAAAUAAUGAAACUAUCAGGAGCAACACUUUAUAGGGAGGGAUCCAAGCCAGCUGGUAUCUGGUUAAUAUCAAAUGGAGUAGUGAAGUGGUCAAGGAAAAAUAUGAGUAAUAAGCAUUUACUGCACCCGACCUUCACUCAUGGAAGUACUCUGGGUUUGUAUGAAGUGCUUGCUUCAAAGCCCUACAUCUGCGAUAUUAUAACCGAUUCUGUGGUACUAUGCUUCUUUAUAGAGACUGAAAAGAUAUUUUCUGCAUUGAGAUCUGAUCCUGCAGUGGAAGAUUUCUUUUGGCGGGAAAGUAUCAUCAUUCUUGGCAAACUCAUGCUUCCUCAAAUUUUUGAGAAAAUGGCAAUGCAAGAUAUACGAACAUUUAUUGCUGAAAGAUCAACGAUGAAUAUAUACAUAAGGGGGGAGAGUUUUGAAUUACUUCAUCAUUCUGUUGGUCUCCUAUUGGAAGGUUUUAUAAAAGUGCAAGGUGGGCAAGAAGAGUUGCUUACAGCUCCUGCAGCAAUAUUGCCACGUGUUGAUCAAAGUUUUCGCCAAUCUGGAACAUUGGGAAGUUUCUCUCAACAAGUUUCUUCGUAUCAAGUUGAGACAAGGGCAAGAGUUAUCAUAUUUGAUAUUGCUGGAUUUGAGGCCGGCAGAACUCUCCAGAAAAGGUCAUCUUCACUAAUAUCACAUUCAGCUGAUCACCCCUCUGGACCUCUUGGUAGAGAGCACAGUGGUCUAAUGAGCUGGCCUGAACAAGUUUCCAAGUCUAAACAUCAUGAUCAGGAAGCAGCGGAUGAACAAGGAAAUAAUUUGUCUGCAAGGGCAUUGCAGCUAAGCAUCUACGGUAGCAUGGUAAACAUUGGAGGACGACGUACUCGAAGUUUCCCGAGAAGGAGGAGGGCAAAGGCAUCUCAGAGUCUGUCAUACCCAAGAGUUCCUUCAGGUCAUGCACCUGCCAUGGUUUCUGUUAAAUCAGAAGGCUCCACCACAUUGCGGAAGAAACUCCAUAUGCAUGAAAGUAAGCCAGAAAGCCACCUAACACAACACGAAGAGUUGCAUCUCAAUGAAAGUCGUGCAACAAGAGACGACUCCAGUGAUGAUUCUGGCUGUGAAGAUGAACAUAUCGUGAGAAUCGAUUCACCAAGCAGACUAUCUUUUCGUCAAGCUCCUUGAAGCCCUUAUCAUCACUGUACCUCAUCUGCUUUCUCAAUUCCCUGGCACUUGUCAAUUUGUCUGUGUUUACAGGACAGCAUGAAAUUUUCACGUGCAAGCUGGAAACUGGAAAGGUACAUUAGUUCUUCUACUCUUCCAGGAGUUAUAGUUUACUCAGACAUCAGUCAAGAAAGUAUGUGGAUGCAUAUGAUAACAAAGAUUAUGCUCUGAAUAAAAGGAAUCAUUAAUGAUUCACGUACGUGUAAUUACAAUAUUCGCAUGAA